GUUGACGCGUAGCCAGGGUUGGGCUAGUCCUUGUCGUUGCAUCUGUAAACAGAAAAUUCUCUCUUACGAGUUGCCUGUGCGGUGUGUCUGAAACUGAAUAUUAUUUCGGGCCCUUGUGUCUGACUGCUAUUUGCGAUUAAAGUGAAUAUACGGUAGUUAUAAAUCUUGAAUAAGAAUAAAAGAAAAAGAAAAGAAAAAAAAGUUGCCCCUGCCCCUAUAUUUAUGUGGAUUGUAUUGACAGAUACUGUAAAGUGAGAAAGAAUAAAAUAAUAAAAUGUUUCUCUCAAAAGCGAGAUAAGGAUAUAAAGUAAAGGCUCUGCUGUAGAUGACAGCGUCCACGGAUAUAAUUGAACGGUAUAUCUGAGGAGUACGAUGCAUCGGAGAGUAGGGCACAGCAAUUACGAUGGCAAGAUCGCAGGUCUCUAUGAUAUGGAGGAGACCCUUGGUCGAGGACACUUUGCGGUUGUCAAACUUGCCCGUCAUGUUUUCACCGGUGAAAAAGUAGCAGUUAAGGUCAUCGAUAAAACCAAGCUCGACGAAAUUUCUAGGUCGCAUUUAUUUCAAGAAGUAAGAUGUAUGAAGUUGGUUCAGCAUCCAAACGUUGUUAGAUUGUACGAAGUAAUAGAUACGCAGACAAAACUAUAUCUCAUCUUGGAACUAGGAGAUGGAGGUGAUCUUUACGAUUACAUUAUGCGUCAUGAUAGCGGACUGAGCGAAGAGGUGGCAAGAACAUAUUUCCGACAAAUAGUUAGAGCCAUAUCUUACUGCCACAGAUUGCACGUCGUACACAGAGACCUGAAACCUGAAAAUGUAGUAUUUUUUGAAAAACUGGGAAUGGUUAAGCUCACAGACUUUGGCUUCAGCAAUAGAUUCUGUCCUGGACAAAAGCUGGAAACUUCUUGUGGUUCUCUGGCUUAUUCAGCUCCAGAAAUUCUUCUAGGAGACAGUUACGAUGCGCCUGCUGUUGACGUGUGGUCACUUGGAGUAAUACUAUACAUGUUAGUAUGCGGUCAGGCUCCGUUCCAAGAAGCUAAUGACAGUGAAACAUUGACCAUGAUAAUGGACUGCAAAUAUUCGAUUCCAACUCACGUUUCCGAAGGCUGCAAACAGCUGAUAGCCAGAAUGCUUGUGAGACAACCAGAGCGAAGAGCUACACUUGAAGAAAUUGCAUCUAAUCCUUGGCUGGUCGCAGGGUCCGACGCCGACCCUGCAGAGUCGUUGCCCCUUGUGUCCAGGCAACAAGUUUCGGAGGAACAUCAUAAUCUCAUCAUCACCAAAAUGGUGAAUGGAAACAUUGCUACCAAAGAAGAAAUACUUGACGCACUGGAUAAGAACGAGUACAAUCACAUUACAGCUACUUACUUUCUGCUGGCAGAAAGAAAACUGCGUGCACACAGGCAGGAGCAAUUACAAAAAAAUGGAACUGAAGCACUCAACGUCCCCUGCAGCAAACAGAAUAAUCUCGUGCCAAAUAAUGUCGAAGCUGAUCAGAACGUGUUGAGUAAUUUAAACCAAUCGAUCCGAAGUAUGCCUCGUACUGCCGGGGACGUACCACAGAACUUCAGAGCAAGAAAAUGUAGCAUUGUUCAAGAAGAGGACGAUGAAGAUGACAUGUCAUCAUGUUCGGGGCGUGACGAUCACGGAAGUAAUUCGACGCAGAGUUCAGUCAGUAGGAGAGGAUCUAGAUCUGAGGGAAAGUUGUCUCACGUUUUAUUAGAAAAACUUUCUCAAAAUCCCGAAAAACAUUCCGUCCACAAUAAUCAUUUACAUACGCACACUUUGCUCACUCAUGACCCGAUAACAAUAUCAGUAUGCAACAAAACGAACAACUUAUCCGAUGAGCUUGAAAAAUUAAUUAAAGAUAGCAAUAAAACUGGGUACAAAUCUGCAGCUAGAUUAAACGCUACUUGUGAUGGCGUAGAGAAAUCAUCGGAAACAGCAAUAAAAGCCGAUCUGAUCGAUGAUAACUUCAGGAAUAAUAUAGAAAACAGUGAACUGGGAGUUGCAUCUGAAGGUUGGAUAAAAACGCCAGGAAAUAUCGAUUGCAGGACCAAAUCAGUUACUGAUUAUUUAAAAUCUAGCCAUUGCAAUAAAUGGAGAAUGGGGUCAAAGCAUCAAACUCCUUCACCACCCGAAAGGAUAAAAUGUAGUUUAAACGAAACCGCUCCAAUAGCUACUACCACAAUUUUAACGGUAUCUUCGACAGCUCCGAAUCCUUUACAUACAACAGCAGUCACAGAGGAAAAUGAUUGUUUGUCUCCAAAAUAUAAAUCUCUACCAGCUCCACAUAAUGCCAACCUCCCCGAAUUAUCUUUUAAUGAAUUUCUCGAAGAUCAAGGGAUGACACCUAUAGAUGGAGCAAAAAACAGGGUAGUUAGACGAACAAGCUAUGAGCAGAGGCGAAGUAAAUUCCACAAGACACGUACAGCCUCCUGCUCAAGUUCCGAUGCCAGCGACGACGACAGUGAGGGUAGAAAAAAAAGAGCUCACAAACUUGGAACUUCGGGGAAACCUCUACCUCCGAGAAGAGACAGUCACGACGACUCCAGCGAUUCUCAGGAUCCAGGGGGUAAUGGAGGAGGCUGCGGAGGUGGUGGAAAUGCCAGUGGACAGAGUAGAGCUUUAUCGGAUAACCGAGAUUGCACACAGAGCUCAUCGAACCCGGAAAAUAGCAAGACUGCCAGCGGAAAUAACGGUACAACCGGAGGGAAAAGAUGCUCCAUUAAUCGAGCAACGGUUUUUGAAAGAAGACAUAGAACGGGAAGGAGGAGAUCUGGGGAAACAAGACUGCGAGAAAGUCAGUCUUUGAAUCGUAUCACGGAGGUGCAGGAAGCAGAAGGUCCUUGUCACAGCCAUAAUUCUACCGUAGUAGUUACACAAUACACAGCAACUAGUACUCCUGCUAAUGUUAAACAAAAGGCAAAAGGUUUUGGUGCAAGAUUACUUCAUAGCUGGUCCCUAACUUCUAACACGAGUACAAGUAGUAGCAGUAGUAGUAGUAAUAGUAGUAGUAGUAGUAGUAGUACCAGAAAGUCUACAAUUAUUGAAGAAAGAGGAAAUUUCAAACAAUAUUCAAAGGAUGAUAAAGUGAAUAGCUUUGAGAAAUCUCAAUGUAAAAAUGUCGUAGUUCUCAAAGUAAUAAGUACCAAGGGGGAUAAAUCAGUAAGUUCAAGUGACAAAGGAGACGGAAUUAAAUCUCCGGCAAAAUCGCAGAAUUGUUUAACAAACAAAUCCCAAAAAGAUGAAACCGACAAUCGUAGUGUAGUUAACAAGGGUAAUUGCAAAAACAAAAAACUACAUUUACUCAGCCGUUACUUUGCUAUUCAUAAAAAAUUAUGCAUUCCCUUACCCUCUCUCUUUGGCAAAGGACGAUUGUACAAGGCUCAAUCUUGUGGUAGUAUAACUAGAGAUAGAGUUUCGGUAUCCUCUCCCAAAUCAGUAUUCCUCUAUGGCGAUAAUACAUGGGGAGAACCUCAACAGCAACAAUGGUGCCAGAAUAAUCAUCGAUAUCGAGGUAGUGACGGUGACAUCAAUCAAAAUUUAGAUCUUGCUCAUCUAGUAAAUAAUGUGAGCAAAGACUGCUCCGCUGUACCAACAGCUUGUCAUAUUCAUUUCGGCGAUCCCUCAAAAUGUUGCAGUCUCUGUUGACUGUAACAAAAUUAUUAUUAUUAUUAUCCUACACAUAUAUUCUAUAAGAAUACGAAAUAUCUUUCAGAAUUAUAACUUAAAACACAAAUAGCUUUAUAUUGAGCAUGCAUUAUUAUUUCAACAUAAGUCAGAACAAGAACAAAAAGAAGUAAUUUCGUUUUUCCUUCUACUCUAAUCUUGCAUGUCCAAUCAUGACACUUUGAUAGGUAAAAAUAUUCAUUAUAUCUAAAAUAUACUGUGGUUUUUUUUUCAAAACAAAAAAAACACGAAUUAUUCAGUGCUGUACAUUAAAUUAUCCAAGACAAAUCCACGCAUUAAUUUAUUGGUAUUUACACGCCGUUUACAUUAUUCCAGAUUUUGUGUUCUCUUCACUCUUUUUCUUUAGUCAUCCAGAUAUAAUAGUGGUUAUGUCUUUAUCAAUUAUUGAGAUGUUUCAAGGAAAGAUGAUACUUUGAUUAUAAGAUUUUUCUGUUAUUGUACAACACUGGAUUAUAAUAUAUCCUAUAACUGUGUGACAGGAAAAAAAAAGUAAGACAAGAUUUAAAAUAAAAUAAAAUAAACAUACAUAUAAAAACAUGGAGGCUCAUAGGGUGAAUUUUUAUAGCAAUAAUUUCAGAAUUCAUGUUAAAAUAUCCAGCGACAACACUAAAACGAAGUUAGGUCAGGGUUGAACAGCAAUAAACCAGCCCAUUUUUUAUAUCAUAUAAACUAUGCGCAGAAAUAACAUAAUCUUCCCUUCUCUUUUUAUCUAAUUGAUUACUUUGCACUUGUUAUAAGGGUUUUGGGGGGAGUGGGAAAGAAUAAGAAUUGAAAAAUUGAUGAUAAUUAUCACGACAUCCGAAUUAUAUUCAUGCGAUGAAUUUUGUUGAACGGAGAAAAAAAAGUGAAAUAAAAUUAUUCAUAAUAAUUAUAUUGAUUUAUGAGCGUCUAAGUAAUCUCGAAUAUAAGAUUUUUAAUGUAAUCUGAAAAUAUGUAUAAAUUUAUUUAACCUUCAGUUGCUGCUACUGCUGCAUUAAUAAGUGGCACGUCUAGUCUGAGAGAACAAACUUGUAUUAAGUACUGCAAAGUUUAUUAUAGUAGGCAUAGCAUAUUAGCUGUAAUAUAAAGUAGGAGAAAAAUCAAUCUAAGUAUAUCGAUGGAGAAAAGUUAUAGAUUUCAGUGUUCUGUCUGGCAGACACAAAUGUUUUUUAAGUUGUAAGUUUUGUUUAAAGUUAUUUAUAAAUAUAAAUCAUUGUAGUAAAGUGUAUUGUAAUAUAUACAUACACACAUAUAUAUCAAUUACAUCUUGUACUUUACCAGGAACUAUAGACUGGUAUGAUUAUUAGUCACAAUAUGUAUGAGAAAAAUUAACUCAAUGUAAAUCGAAAAAAAAUAAUAAGAAAAAUUCAUAAAAGUACCUAUAUACCAGAAUGAUGAUUGAUUUUGUUUUGAUCAAAUAAAUUUAUAUAUUAUGCAUACAAUCCUUUUGGUAAAAGCCUUUAUUACUUUAUGAGAAAAAUAAAAAAACUUUCACAACAUCUCUCAUCGCUCCUGGGGCUUGGAGCUUAUAACCAAACUUGAAAAUUCUACGUAGGAAAGAUAAAAAAAAGAAACAAAAAACAUUCAAAUAGAAGAAUUAUAGGUGUCAACGUGAAAAAAAUAAUUUUUACCCAAGAGAAAAAUUAAAAAAUAAAAUGAAAAUACAAAAAAAACACUAUAGGUGAUGUGUGUUAUGUAAACUUACUAUUUAUAUUAUAUUUAGUAUAAUGUAGAUGAAAUUUUCUGUACAUGCCGUACUGUGUACGCCAUUGUUAAAAAAAAAAAACAAAAAAACAACAUACAAAGAGACAAGUUAUCGGAUCUGUAAUAUUUAUUCAAAAACAUAUGUUAUUAUUUAUCUUGUAGACUACCUAAUAUCAUUACCGGCUCAAUGACGCAUAAAACGUCAGAGAUUUUCAAGAGAAUGUGUUGAAUAAAAUUUAAUGUACUAUGUGA